UCUUCCUACACCAGCGUGGGCUGCCUGCACCCCCUGCUCUCUCUGCACACACCCCACCACCCACCCUUCACUGUUCAAAUGCUUAAAAAAAAAGGAGAAGAGAAAGACACUGAAAAAAGAAAACAGGAUGCUUCUUUUGUUUCAACGCUAUUCCAGGGACCUGAACCUCUCCACCUGCCUGUGAAUUGGCCACCUAAAGGUUGUUAAUGUGACACCAAUGUAAAAAAAAAAAAAAAAAGAAAACCCCAACUUCCUACUUCUAAUCUGUUUCAAGUCUUUGUCCUCGUUUCUCUCUGCUUGCAUCAAGUAUUGGCAGAAAUGAGAAAUUUUUGCUGAAAUGCCUGGAUCAAUCAAAGGUACGUGAACUAAAGUUAUUUCCAGACUAAAGACUUAAUUAUUUCCAGAUUUCCACUUCUGCUCUCUGGCAUCUAAAGUAGGGAUCACUAAAAGCUUUUAAGAAAGGUAAAGACUCCUGGUAUAAUUUGGUAUAUUGUGUAUGUUCAGAAUGUUGAAAAGCUGCAUCUGUGGGGUUACAAAAAUAAAGGAACUUUGUCAUGUCUCCAGGUCAUACCUGCAGACUACGGUGGGGGAUUGAGCAAUUGAGCUCUGAGUCUGCUUAGAGACUGAUGCUCUGCUCAGUGCUGUGUCAAAAAAUGAUAUGAAAGGGCAGAAAAUAAGUAUUUACAUGUGUAGCUGUUGAUUUGGUCAAUAAUGAUGGGCAGUUGACAGAGCAUUGCAUGUGCCAUGCAGAAGACAAAAAUCUUUUGAUUGUGUAGUCCAAAAUUAUUGCAGCAGUGCUGACAAAAUGAAACAAGUUCUAUAAAAUGUUUGGAAUUCAGGAAAAUGUCUAUAAAAAUGGAACUUACUGGAUUUAAAAUUAGGCUUUCUUAUCAACCUCCUGUUGAUAAAAACUACCUCCUGUUGAUUAAACUACUUUAUACUUAUAAACUGACUAAGACAAUUUCUGCUACAAUGAUUUUUUUCUGAAACUGCUCCACUUUUCAAUGUUCCACUACCUGCCUCUGGUGUGUACCUGAAGUUAGAAUUUCAAACCAGGAACAAAAUAAUUGCAUUUCGUGGAAUUUUAGUGACUAGUUCUGAUAGCUUAAGGAAUCAAUUUAGAAAAUUCUGAGCUGGCCAAAUCCUGCAUUUAGUUUUGUUUACUGGAAAAUUUUUCUUAUCUAAUUAGGAUCAAGUUCUUAGCUGGUAGUUCAGUGCCACAAGUUACAAACAGCUGAGAACAUGGGGUGGAUGCUCAGUAACAGAGCCCGGGGCAAAACCAACCGAGGAAGUUCUGUUAGGCAAGGACUACCCCGAAUCAGCCUUGGGGCAGAAUUACUUUGAGAUAAGCUAUUUUUGUCAACGAACAAAGAAAUACAGUGGCCUUUUUUGAAAUAUAAAUAACAGAUGUGAAAAGUCUGAUGGUAUUUGCCCCAGUAGAAUACAAGUCACAGUGCUUUCACUCAGGAAGAAAGUACUUUUUCUUGCUGUGAAAAGCAGCAAACUACCACACCUGCUAGAGAUGUGUUAUUACAUUCUUAAAAGUAUAUUAAGUAUCAUCACUAGCUUACUUGUUGAGCUUUAUUUAAAACUUUGCUUUAAAUUUUCUGUCACCACUUAUGUAUUUUCUUUGUAGACAUUACAGAACACUAAAAUGAGUCUCAGGCUGUCUUGUUGGCCCCAGAAACUUAACAGCAUUAAGUGAAAUUACAGAGCAUCUGGUACCACAGGAUUCCUAUGAAAAACAUCUGUCUGUGGUGGUCUUGAAGGGCCCAUCAGCUCUGCAUGGCCAGGAGGAAACCAGAGAGAGAAAUAGCUUGUGCCACUGGAGCAGGCUGGUGGGGGAAAUGUAAAAUAUGUGGAAGUGUAUUUCCACAUUUCUCUCUGGGGGAGGGAGGGGAGCAAAGACAUAGUGCCUUGUUCUGUCUGAUGUGGUACUUGUUAGAUGUUCUACCCACUGGGUAUUUGGGCUUCACUUUUCUUCUUUGAGUCUGUUCUCUGCAGCAUAUUUUUUCCCCUAAAACUUUUUUAAAAAAAUAUUUUUGAAAAACUACUGCAUACUUAGUUUGUAUCUCUGUGACAUCCCUUAUCAUAUGCUAUAUUUAAAUUUAAAAAUGACUGUAAAACUUAGGAACCAUCUGAAAUGGACUUGAAAUGUUGAUAACAUCACUUUGGAAAUUAGAGAAUUCCACUUUUAUUCUGUAGGAAUAACCACACUGCACAGUAUGGGUAAUAAUUUUUUCUUUAACAAGCCAUAUUCUUUUAACAUUUUUGCAUCAUUAUAGUCACUGCUAUAAUAAAAAGCCACUUAAGUGAUUAUUCCACAUAGAAAUGUCAGAAGUGCAGAAGAAAACUCCAUGCCUGAUAACUGAGCUUAAUUUAUAACAUUCAUAGGGAAGAAAUAAAAAGGCAAAAUCUAACAUUUUACUGUGUACAGAUCAGUUGAUUUUACACGUUGUUGUCUUGGAUGGAACCAGUAAAGAUUUCAAGCCACAUUUUGAAGCAAUUCUUUUACUGUUUCCCAGUAAUGAUAACCUAUUAAAAUGAUCCAAGGAAGUUACAGAAACACCACUAGAGAUUAUGCAGUAAAACAACAAAUUGCAGAUUUCAAAUUGAGCCACUGAUUACAUUAUUCCAAAUGGGUUUCUAAUGGCUGUUUGCACAAGAACAACCCAUUAUUAAUAGCAGCCAGUGCAUCCAGUGAGCAUAGCUGAGCAAGACUCAAAUAAACAUUCACAGAUCACCUGAUGUUCACCCAAACUGUAAUUAAGAGGGGUUAUGCCCGUAAUGCUUAGAAAGAAAAUUUUCACCUUGCUUAUUUUGAUAGUUUCCUCCUUUGUUUCUAAGAAAGAAAAAAAUUUUUUCUGAAAUAAUAAGUGAAACCAACCCUGCAUAUAUCAAGAUAGAUUUCAAAAGAAUAGGUUCACUUUUUUAAAAAGAUGUUUUCAUUUGGCAUUGAAAGCAUCUAAAAACAAGCAGUGCACCAUAGUAUCUCCAUUAAUUAUAGCAAAUUAAUUUGGUCUACACAAAAGCCAGCUUUAGUUUCUCCCAUCUUUUCUACUUUGCAGAUAUUUAUUUAAAUUUGACGUUAUUUAUAUUAAUGAAAUUUAAAAGACAUGAUAUAAAUAUUUAAUGGAAAUAUGGUUCCAGAAAAUGAAAAUUGUAUUAUUUCUAGUGUGCUUAGAGCCUUCAUUUGCAAAUCUGAAACUCAGGUUUGUUCCCAGUGCUUUGGGUACCCAGUGUAGGUUGUAAGAGUGGUUUUAAGCGCAGCGUUGAGUGUGCUUUACACUGUACUGAACUGUAACUCCCAGAGAAAAAAUGAAAGAGGAACCAGUCUCAUUGGGAAAGGAAAUGAUGAUUGUCUGUAUAAUGCCUGCAUACGUGAUAUUCUCAGUUGCUAAUGUCCCCAGCCCAGCUGGGAAGGUGUGUGUGUUAUUUCUGCCUGCAGACUGUGCCCGUUCUGUGUCCGCCCCGGCAGGUCCGUGAGCACAUGGCAGCCGUGCCGUGCCAUGGAGGCCCAGACCCCGCCAGGCCCGGCGGCCGCUCCGGCAGAGCCCAGCCCGGGCCCUUCCCCGCGGGGCUCGCGGGGCUCCUCGGAGCCCGCCCGGGGACCGGCACUGCCCCAGCCCCUGUACCUCAAGGCCCUGACGUUCCCGCUGCUCCAGCCCGUCCAGCCAGGCUGCUUCCAGCCACACGGGCCCUUCGUGGCCGGCAGGAGCUGCAUCCACCUCGACGGCAGCAACGUCCCCCUCAUCCUCAACCCGCUCGUUCCCCCCGAAGGCACGGAGCAGCCUCAGCCGCUUUUCCACAAACAGCUUGGGCAAAGUCUGACGUUGAGCAUAGUCAGCGCUUUACCGGUUUUAUCGUCGCCAAGUUCUUGUGUAAAAGCAUCUAUUGGAAAUCUGGGAAAAUCAAAAAAAUCUGGGAAAUACAUCUGCAAACACUGUGGACGAGAUUGUUUGAAGCCGAGUGUCCUUGAGAAACACAUUCGCUCUCACACAGGAGAGAGGCCCUUUCCGUGCACCACUUGUGGCAUUGCUUUUAAAACUCAGAGCAACUUGUAUAAACACAGGAGGACUCAAACACAUGUCAACAACACCAGGCUGCCCUCAGACUCUGACAUCAGUGGAGGACCAGAGCAAAAUGAGAGAUCAGCAGAGAGCACCACCUGUCCCCAAGGUAGCAAAAUCUUGAGUAGCACCAGUGAAGACCAGGGGACACACAUCAAACAGCCCAGUUCAGAGACCAGCGCAGCAACAGACACUAAGAAACCUCACGAGCUCUCACUGACAGCGACCAGCUCUUCAUCAGCUGCUUCAGAAAAUCAAGAAACAACAAAUCAAUCAUUGAAUUCAAAGGCUGUUCAAGGGGUUCCUGAAAGAGAACCUCAAAGUUUAUCAUCUCCAGGAGCUUUGCCAAAUGGUCUGUGUCUGAGAAAGAAGAUGCAGGAGCAAAGAACUCCAACUGCCAAUAAGCACAUUCAGCUGCAAAGGCAGCAGGCAACCUCUUCAGAGAAGCAGUGGGAUUACAAACCCUUGGACUGCAAGCUGAAGAAGUGUGAGAGCACUGACUCGGGGUAUCUGUCGCGUUCCGACAGCACAGAGCAGCAGAUGACAUCGUCCAGCCCCUUGCACAGUCUCUACGAGCACAGCACGGAACUGGAAAGUGAAACUGCCUUCAGCAGCCCAAGGUGUGCCUCCAGAAGCACUGCAAAGCCAGAGGCAGCUGACAAAGCUACAGCCUCGAUGCUGGAGAAAAAGAGGCUGGAAGAACACAUUUCAAAGCUUAUUUCUCACAACAAAAGUGUGGUGGAUGACACCCAGUUAGACAAUGUCAGGCCCAGAAAAACUGUCCUUUCUAAACAGGGAAGCAUUGACCUGCCAAUGCCUUACACAUACAAAGACUCUUUCCAUUUUGAUAUUAGAACUUGUGAUGUAAAUAGGAAAAAGAAUCUUUCUCUUUGUUCAGCAAAAUCUACCUUUGCACCCCUGGAGAAAUGCAAGCCAGUGUUUUUCCAUUCAGUUCCCACCCAGUUCUCCACAACAAUUGACACUGUGCCUGUUACUCGGAGCAACUCCUUGCCUGUUGUGGAGGGAUCGAGGAUGGUGCAUGACAAAGCAGGAUGCUCCAAACCACUUUCUCUUACUAAGCAGUCUGUAAACACAGGCACUGCUGGUUUGCUGCCUAGCAACGAUCUCACUGCCAGUUCAGUGGAUUUCCCUAAUAGCCAUCCCCGAGCUCUAGUCAGACAAACAGCAGUGGAUGAUUUGCCCCUAAGUAAUGUGGCUGACCAUCCUUCUCUGUCAGAGGACCUAAAAGGGACUAAAAAGCUUGGGGCUGGAGAAGUAAUCAGUGCUAAAAAUAAGAAACACAAUCAAAGGAAGUUGAAGAUGUUCUCUCAAGAAAAAUGGCAAAUGUAUGGAGAUGAAACGUUUAAGAAAAUCUACCAAAAAAUGAAAAGCAGUCAAAAUGCCAAGAAAAUGAAACAAAGAGAUAAUAAAAUUACAGCUAUUACAAGCUUGACUCCUAAUUCAAGGGAAUCAGCCAGUAGCACUGAAAUAACUGAGGAAAGAGAUGUCAGGAGCUCUGCAACUGACAGUCCUUCCUCCCUUGUGACAGCAGCUUCAACCAUGGGUAAUUCGGGAAUCUCUACUGAUGGCAAUUGUGUUCUGCAGAAUAUGUCCUCUGAGGAAACUGCAGACAGAGUGUCCAACCUAAUGGAGACAUCACAUUCCAUAACUGCCAGAGCCGUAAGCAGCCAGCCUUCCCCAGAGCUCAGUGGCAGUGACACGGAGAAAUGCACAGCAGGCAGCAGCACACUGCUGGCUCCAAGCAGUGCUGAGCUCAGGCUUCAGAAUCCUGAGUGUCAGCUGAGCAGCCACGGGAGGAAUGAUGACUGCGUGCCAGUGCAGAGUACCAACUGGGAGAAACCAAGCCCUGGGAAAGAAUCCAGUGCAUUUGAAUUAGAUUGUAAAAACACUUCACACAAUUAUGGGAACUAUCAUGGGACUAAGCAAAGUGGCCAGCAUGGCCUGAUGUCCCCUUGGGUCCCUUGCAACAACAGAGAAACUGCAGGGAAAUCCCAGACUUUGCCAUCAGAAAGGAAAAAGCUGAAAUUUGAAGUGGAGAAGACACAAAAUGUGAUUUCAGUGUCCUGCCCUAGUCCCAGUAAUGAAACCACUGCAGUAAGUGAAACAGAGAGAGGCCAUUGCUCUGGCACUCAUUGUCUUCCCACAGCUCCAAUGAAAUUCUCCACUAAAGCAGAGGAGCAAAAAUCAAGCACAGGAAUUAAUGAAGCCACUGGAGGUACUGAGAAUAUGGAAUAUAGGAAAGCAAUCAAACUUCCCACACAAGCUCAUAGUUACUGUGACAUUAACCUUCUUUCACAUCCUGCAAGUAUCUCAAAAGUUUCAUUGGUGGGAUUUUUAGGGUCUAGAUUAAGGGAAAGUGAUUCCAACUCUUUUGCCUUGCACAAUGCAGCAGAUGGAGAUGACAAAACAUGUAUUGUAAAAACAGGAGCAAAAGUGCCACUUCCCAGUGACAAUGCUGUGGAUGUGUCUUCUAAAAGCCAUCAUCUGCAAUCUGAUCGUUUAAGUCCAGUCCUACAACAAAAUGCCUUCUCUCCAAAAUAUAUCCUUAAAUUGCCACAAGACAAGAGAGCUUCAGAUCUGUCACCUUUGCUUCAGUCUGAACAGGAGAUGACACCUGGUACACCUGUGACAGACACAUUAACCACCCCACCCUGCUCUUCCAGCUGCACAUCCCUCCAUUCUCAUUCCAGUGAUGUGGUUUGGUCCCCUUUAAAAUCUGAGGUGAGACAAAAGGCUGGCAAAGGAGAAAUUCAAUGGAAUCUUCACACAAACUGGAAAACUCCAGGAUUCUGUUCACCAGUCAGCUCAGAAACCACAGAUAUCUUAACCACAGCAGAGAACAUCUUUCAUAACCAAAACUUCAAGCAGCAGGAUAUUGCAAGAGAGGAUUGGAAAAACAAACACAACAAAAAUAAAUUAAAUUAUCAAAGGCAAACAGAAGAGAAGUGGAUGAGUAAAAGUACUUGCUCUAUACAGACUCCAAAGAAGAAAAUCUGCUUUACUUCUGUGUAUACAGGUGGAUUUUUCAUAUCUGCUGACAUCAAAGAUGAGAGGAAGGCUUUACAUCACCUUUGCUCAGGAAGUGACUCUGUGAUAAAGACAUCAGUUUCUAGCAAAGGUGCAGAGCCAACAAUCCUGGGAUGGGACAGAGAAGGAAGUCCACACAUCCUGAAGGACACCCCACCACCAGUGCAGCACCUGCAGCACUCCCAGAGCUCAAGAGACAACCCCACUUAUUUUUGCCAUUCUUUUGGCACUUUCUACUGCCACACUCUCAGCACUCACUGUAAAGGAUUCCCAGUGCUGCCCCACUAUAACAGGAGCAGCUGCUCUGGCACUUCUCCAGUGCCAGGCUCCAAGAGCACCUUCCCAUCCCUGAGUGCCGAGCCCCGGCUGACCUGGUGCUGUCUGAGCAGGAGCCUCCCUCUGCCCUCCGAGCAGGGUGGCACUGCAGCCUCUGCCCACCCCUCCGUGCCCCCCUGGGACAAGGAACCCAGCAGGGAAUGCACCCUGUCGAAAUACGACAUCUCCAUUUUCAAAAUGAGAAAUAUCAGCAAGACUGUGGCAUAUGGCUUAACAAACACAAGCUUGAAAACGUUGGUUUCAUCCUUUUCUAAAGGACACCAGAUGCAGGAGUUAAGCUCAGACGUUCCUGGUGGCUCUUUCAAAAAUAUUUCAGAGCAAAAGAAGAAAACAGUAGUUUGCAAAAAGGAAAAACUCUCAACAAAUAAACUCAAGAGGAGCCACAAACAGAAAAGGAUUAAAGUCACCCCUAAAUGGUACAGAGGGAGGCACAUCCAUGGAUUUGCUCAGCUGAAAAUGAACCGGCUGAGCAAGAGGCCCUGUUUUCCCAACAGAACUCUGGAUGCUUUGAGGAAAGGCUGCUCAUCCCAACCCCCCAGAUUUAAUAAGCCUAAGAAGUGCCAUCCUCCUCAAUCCAAGAUGCAAGAAAAUUAUCUACACCAGCAAAAAGAUACAUCAUAUUCCACCUCAGACAAACAACUUUGCAGAAGGAAAAAAGAAGCAAAGAAUAACUCAGGAAUUUCUUCCCAUACUGAAAACCUAAACCAUGCUAAACAAAAAGACAAAAUGGCUAAAAAAGACAUUUCUGGGCAAAUCAGGGAACAUGCAAGAACAAACGCCUCUGUCCAGAACAUUUCAGCUCCUCUAGGAAUAGCUGUGACAGCUCAUUCCUUUUCCUCCAGAGCUGACACAUCCCUGCAGGAAUUCAGCAGGGACGUGGCCAUUUGCUGCUGGGUGACACAGCCCCUCGUGCUGCAGCCAUCCCUGCCUGGGCAAUCCCAGCCCAGCCUUCGGAGUGACCCCCUGGCUGCCUCCUUUGGGUCUUGUCCUGAAUUUACAAACACAGGCACAGGUGACCAACCUGACAGCACAAACCCAGAAGCUGCUGCUCCUCUUUCCUUACAUCCAGCAGCAAGCCAGGAAAACAUCUUAAGGGUAGUGUCAGAGAGCCAAAUAUUUGGAAUAUCAGAGCCGGUGAUCCAGGCCUCUGGAAGGAAGAAAGCUCCAAGUGAAGAAAACACACGUUCACCUCCCACAGAAAACUCAGCUCCCAGUUCCCAGCCAGGAUGUUCACGUUUGUUUGGAUCCCAAGCAGAGUCUGUUCCUGAGACAGUCACCAGGGCUCAGUUACCCAGCAGAGAGCACUCACAGAGGGCAAACUUAGCUCAGCAUCUCCUGGAGCUGCAUGGAAGUGCAGACGAGAACAGAUCCCACCUGCAGCUCAAUCCCUAUGAAAGGCCACAUGGAACAGCUACUGCUACCUUUAAAAAGCCCCCAGUUACUCUCAGAUCCCCUGAGUUCAAGAGUUACUCUGCAACACCCACUAAGAUAUACAAAAAGAAAGGUUUAGAGAUGAUGAGGAAACAAACACGUGUGGAAUAUGAUGACACAAGCAGUGAUGAUGAGGACAGGCUGGUUAUAGAAAUAUAGCAACAGGCUGCUGCCAGGGCUUGUGUGCCAGCCUGGAAAUGCCAGGGAUCUUUGAUCCAUAGUUCUAAAACACCUUAACAUCAGCAAAGCCAUUCCUCUGUGCCAGAGGCAACACCCUCUUUGGAAGAGCCCUUCCUUUCAAGGACUCAACUUUUUUUUUUUUUAAUGCUUACUUGAGGCUGGCAUCGCACAUUUAAAUGCAAGAGGCAACCCUGUGCUCCUGAAAGGUUUCCAGCAUUGUUAACGUUCCUGCCAGUCUCAGAAUUCCCACAAGUGCUGCCUGCCCGUGGGUGUGUUACUCCCAGCCUGCAGUGGAUUGGGUUACUUCAACAAUGCAGCUGCAGCAGCUUCCUCAGUUCAGAUUUCCUGGAAGGGUUCAGAUGUGUUCCCUUCUCUGUACUCCUGUUUCUUGUAGUCACUGCCUCUGUGCUGGGAGAGACACGCUGGCAUUAAGGGGAAGAUCUGUUCCCUACGUAUCUGUGAUAUUGGAAGAAUCUGGAAAAAAUGCUGGUCUUUUUCCAUGUUGCACAAAUGUCAAUGCUUCUGUGUGAGAAAUGACACAAGCAUGCUUUGCUUUGUGUUUUGUGCCUUUUAUGCCAAGAUCUACUCAAGUGUUCUUGAUUUUUAGGUGGAGAAUAUGGGUGUUAGCUAUUAGUAUUUCCUUGUGGUAAAAUUUCUGACAAGGAUUUUCUUAUUAUAUUUAUCACAUUGUGCUCCAACUGAUGUCAUCUGGAAUGUUUCAUUUUUAUUGUAAUUUUAACUGCAAUGAUGCCAUUUUAUGGAGGGUAAAGAAGCUAUAUGGCAUAGCUUGUUUUCUUUUUCUAACAAGUUUUGUGCUACAAACCCUAAAAUUUACUGGUUUCUAUGUGAAUAAAUAAUUAGAUAUUUCAAUUUGA